CUUUCUAACAGCUGAGGAGACUGAACUUUUACCAUAAGAGGGAAUUUCUUUGAAAUCUCCCUAUAGGGAAUAUUUUCCCUCUUGUAUGUUGAAGGGAGAAGCAGGUCGAGUAGUGUCCCCCUUCAAAUUCGUGUCCACUUGGAACCUCAGAACGUGACCUUUAAUAGCAAUAGGGUCUUUGCAGAUAUAAUUAACAUAAGAAUUCAGAUGAGAUCAUCUUGAAUAUUUAGGGUGAGUCCUAAAGCCAACGUCUGGUGUCCUUACAAGAAGAGGAGCAGACACAGAGAGAUAUGCAGGGAAUAAGGCCAUGUAAGGAUGGGGGCGGAGGCUGGAGUGAUGAUGCCAGAAGCCAAGGAGUGCCAGCAGUCACCUGGAGCUGGAAAGGCAAGGAAGGAUUUUCCCCCAGAGCCUUUGGAGAGAGCAUGGCCCUGCUGAAACCUUGAUUUUGGACUUCUGGCCUCCACAACUGUGAGAGAAAUAAAGUUCUGCUGUUUUUAAGCCAACAAAUUAUGGUAAUCUGUCACUGUAACCCCAGGAAACUAAUACAAGAAGGGGCUUCCUGAAGUUAGAGUGGGCUGGCUCCUUGCUGCUCUGGGGGAACUGGCAGGAACUGAUGGGAUUCUGUUCCAGGAGGAUGUGAGGCACUAAGUAGACUGGCAAGGCAGAGACAUAUGGGCAUAGGGCAUUAUGACUGGGAUCCAGUGACUACACAAUGGUAUGGAGUGGGGACUUCUACCUUAGGGAAGCUGAGGCAGGCUGAUGACUAGUCAUUUAGAUUUAGUAGUCGUAUCGAAGAUGGAGAAUUAGCUACAACAUGGCUGGUAACCAGGAGACAGAGCAUGUGGUAUCCAGCCAGUCAGAGUGUCAGGUGAGAGCAGGAACACCAGCUCAUGAGAGUCCACAAAACAAUGCCUUCAAGUGCCAAGAAACAGUGCGACUUCAACCAAGAAUAGACCAGAGGACUGCCAUUUCGCCAAAGGAUGCUUUUGAAACUCGGCAGGACUUAAAUGAGGAAGAAGCUGCUCAGGUGCACGGAGUCAAGGACCCAGCGCCAGCAUCGACCCAGAGUGUGCUUGCCGAUGGGACAGAUUCUGCAGACCCCUCACCAGUCCACAAAGAUGGGCAGAAUGAGGCCGACAGUGCACCAGAAGACCUCCAGUCUGUGGGGACCAGCAGGCUGCUCUAUCACAUCACUGAUGGUGAUAACCCACUGCUGUCACCUCGAUGCUCCAUCUUCAGCCAAAGCCAGAGAUUCAACUUAGAUCCCGAGUCAGCCCCAUCUCCACCCAGCACUCAGCAGUUUAUGAUGCCGCGGAGUUCUUCACGCUGCAGCUGUGGAGAUGGCAAGGAGCCACAGACCAUCACCCAGCUCACCAAGCACAUCCAGAGCCUCAAGCGGAAAAUUCGGAAAUUUGAAGAAAAAUUUGAACAAGAAAAGAAAUACCGGCCUUCACAUGGUGACAAGACUUCUAAUCCUGAAGUCCUGAAAUGGAUGAAUGAUUUGGCUAAAGGUCGUAAACAGCUCAAAGAACUAAAGCUAAAGCUGUCAGAAGAACAAGGGAGUGCUCCCAAAGGUCCACCUAGAAACCUGUCCUGUGAGCAACCCACAGUCCCCAGAGAAAAUGGGAAACCGGAAGCUGCGGGCCCGGAGCCAAGCUCCUCUGGAGAAGAGACUCCAGAUGCUGCCUUGACAUGCCUGAAGGAGAGAAGAGAGCAACUUCCUCCCCAGGAGGAUUCUAAGGUAACUAAGCAAGACAAGAACCUCAUAAAGCCGCUUUAUGACCGAUACAGAAUUAUCAAGCAAAUCUUGUCAACACCUUCCCUUAUUCCAACAAUUCAGGAGGAAGAGGACUCUGAUGAAGACCGUCCACAGGGAAGCCAACAACCUUCUUCGGCAGAUCCAGCAUCUCACCUUCCUGUUGGUGACCACCUCACCUACUCUAAUGAGACUGAGCCUGUUAGGGCCCUUUUACCAGAUGAAAAGAAAGAAGUAAAACCACCAGCUCUCUCCAUGUCUAAUUUACAUGAGGCUACCAUGCCUGUACUUCUUGACCAUCUCCGAGAAACUAGGGCUGACAAGAAGAGACUGCGGAAAGCCUUAAGAGAAUUUGAAGAACAGUUUUUUAAACAAACAGGAAGAAGUCCACAAAAGGAAGAUAGGAUACCAAUGGCAGAUGAGUAUUAUGAAUAUAAGCACAUAAAAGCCAAACUGAGACUAUUAGAGGUCCUCAUCAGCAAGCAAGAUGUGGCCAAAACUAUUUGAGGUUCAGGAAAUGUUAUGAUCACUUUCACCCAUGAUAUAAAGUUUAUUUUCCUCUGCCAUCCUUGCUAAGUAGUUUUGACACAAUGAAAAUGGAAGCACUUUAGUGGUAGUAUUAGCUGUUUUUAAGAAGGAAUAGCAAGUUUAAUUAUAUACAAGGAGAAGGGAUUUAAAAGGGGGGAAGAAUACAACAGGUAGCCAUAUAAUUGGGAAAAAAUUCAGUGUCCUCCAUGCCAAGCAGAAAACUCAUAGUCAAUACAAGUAUUUUUAAAAACGUAUAAUAUUUUAUCAAAUCUAAAUAACAUAGCUAGGACACUUGUUAGGGAAAGUUUAUUUAGUAUCCAAAGACUGUUUAUGUUGAUGUAUGGAAAAGAGCAUGAUUUUAAAAAAUCAAUCAUAGGAGGAAAAGAAAUUCGCUUUUCAAGUAGGAAGGAAUACAGCUAGCAAGAAAGUAAUUUAUUUGAAACUUCUAAUGGAUUUUUGAGUGAUAAAACAUUUACUACCUUGUCCUUUAAGUCUGCUAGGCUCUCAGUACCCUAAAAUAAACUAGAUUGUGUUACUAUUUUUUUUAUUUCUCUAUAAAAAUAACAUUAUUUUAUCUGUUAUUUGAAAUUUUACAUUUCUGGUUACCAAAGUUCAUUCUGAUAGCAUGUACUUUGUGAAUUAUUAUCUUUGUCUAUAACUGACAGAUGUUUAUAUUAAAAUAAAAUAUUGUAUUAAAAAUUUAAAAUAGGUAUUUUGGAUAGAUAUGUGUCUGUAGUAUAUAAUCUAAUGUGUCCAUAGUAUUAUUGCUAAUCUUUUGGUUUACUAUAAGAUUAUAACUAUUUUUUCAUUGGGAAUAUACAUUUUUCUUAAUGUUCCAACAUCUAUACUUUGUAAAGUCAAAACAUUUCCCAUGAGCUGUAGUUAUUCGUCCUUCUGUACAAAAUGAAAAGUUUGGAAAUUGUUUGCCCUGAUACCUUGAAAAAGAAGCCAGAAUAUUUAUUUGGUUCAUCAACUUUAGUGUAUAUCAUUUUGUGUUAUUUUAUAUGAAAACAUGUUUAUUAUUUUCAUUUUUGUAAAAGGAAGUAAAAGGUCAACAUUUUCUCUCAUGUACCAACCUUGUUUGUAUUUCUAUUUUCUGUAACGUUUAAGUAUGAUGUUGAAGAAAUUCACAUUCUCUUAUAGUUUGGAUGGGAAGACUAUUGACUAUUUCAGAAACAGACUUAUUUCAGAGGCUUAUUGUUUUCUCUGUAUUUACCUAAUAUUUUAUAACUUUUAUGAAUCAGAAUAAUGUCCUUCAUAAAUUUGUUUAAUUGAAGUCAUCUACUUGUAACAGGACAGAUACACAACUAUUUGAGGUUUACAAAUUACAUCUUUGAUAAGGGAAAUGGUUUCGUGACAUGUACACAAUUGCUAUUAAAAUGUAACUCUAUAUAUUCUAUAUGAUUGUAAAUAUUUUAUACAACAAUACAAAUAAAAUAUUUUUCUAUUAUAUUUA